CUGCCACCACCAGUGUAGUGGUAUUGUGGCGGUGCUGCCACCACCAGUGUAGUGGUAUUGUGGCGGUGCUGCCACCACCAGUGUAGUACCAGUGUUUACCUGUAGAUACCUCCACAGUGUUUUGAUGACUUAAAGACCGUAUUGACGCGCCGCUGCUACUAUUGUCUCCGUAUCUCACGUUCAGCUCGCCCGUGCUCCCACCACCUGCGUGGGUGCUCACUUAUUUCUGAGGGUUGUCUCAGCUCCUGGUCCCUCCCUCUCUCUCCCUCUCUCUCCCUCUCUCUCCCUCUCUCUCUCUCUCUCUCUCUCUCAGCUCCUGGUCCCUCCCUCUCUUCUCAGCUCCUGGUCCCUCCCUCUCUUCUCAGCUCCUGGUCCCUCCCUCUCUCAGCUUCAGGUCCCUCCCCGCCUCUCAACUCGUAACCCGCCUAAAAGUAGUGACAGUAGAGACGCUGCGCUACCGGUUCGAGUUCUACGGGCGUGGGUGGCGCCCAUAAGGAUGGCAGCGUGCGGGCGGCGGGCGUGAAGCGCCGCCCGCUGGUCGUAGUGUCGGCCGCGGGCGUGUGGAGAGAUGGCAGUGGAUGGGGUGGUGGGGGCGGGCGUGGUCUUCUAGCUUCACCCUCGACCGUCCCUGCUGGUGGUGGGCGGGGCGUGGGCGGCCGCACGCCCGCCACCACCACCACGCCCCGCGACCUCCAGGGGCGCCGCCCCGGGCACGCACCCCUCGCUACCACAACUUCCAGACGCCACGUUCCCUCACACCACUCACCAUCAGCGCCACCACCACUACCACCAGCACCACCGGCAGCACCGCUACCCACACCAGACGCUGUACCCUCCACCAGGAGGAAGAGUGUGGGGGCCCCCAGCAGGAGGGGACCUCGUGGUGGUGGUGCCCUACUAGUAUGACCAAUCCUGGGUCCUCGGAUCCUCUGCCAGGCUGCCUGGACGCCGACGCUGCCUACGUCUGCACCGCCCUCGCCCCCUCCUGCUUCCUCAUACAGAAGGUGCCGGAGGUUUCGAGCAGUGGUGGGGCCGCUGUGCUCAACCCGGAGGCGUCAGUGUUCCACCUUCCUCCCGCCCUGCACACAGCCCAAACACCACCGCCCACGCCCAUCCCCACGCCCUCUACCACACAUCCACCCACCAUUAAUGGCUACCACGCGCAUGUUUACCCCUUCAUGAAUGGGGAUGUCGCCAAACAGUAUUGUGGGGUGUGCCCCCCAACACCUGAUACUCCAGGACCCAUGGCAGUAGAGUCUCCUGUGGAGGCCACUGCCUCCCUUACUAACACACUGCCUGUAGAGGGAGGCACCACUGCAAGUCAACCUCCAGGAAAGACUGCUCCGGUUCCCAAAACAGAGGAAAUGGCGGCGGCGGCAGUAGCAGCAGCAGCACAAAAUAGUGAGCAAGAUGAGCCUGUAAAAUCAUGCACUCCCCUCAGUAGUACACAGCAGAAUGGGGAAGUGUCCCCGGAGAGCAGUCAGUCAAGUGCCUCCUCCCUUCCUGCCUCACUGCCAACCCCACCUCCUAGUAGUAGAAGCAGUCUCCCUGAAAUUGGCAAAGAUCCAGAAAAGAAAGAACAGUUGUGUGAAAAGAGUAAAGAACAACUCACCUCUAGUGAAACGCAGGGCACGCAGACUACACCUGCGCAGACACCCACACCAAGUACGCCGGCAAUCACUCCACCUGUACAAGCACAGCAGUCAGUUCAACAGACUCAGCCACUAAGCCGGGACCAGAUAAAGCAGCUGGUAGCUCAACAGGUUGAAUACUUCUUUUCAAGAGAAAACCUGAGCAAUGAUCCAUACUUGAUAUCACAAAUGGACAGUGAUCAGUAUGUGCCAGUGUUUAUAUUAGCCAACUGUUCACAAUUCAAGAAUAUCACGAAGGACCACAGCAUCAUUGUAGAGGCUCUUAAAGAAUCCCCAUUUGUACAGCUGGAUGAAGAAAAUAACAGAGUGCGGCCUAAUUACAAGCGUUGUAUUGUGAUUCUCAGAGAAAUCCCUGAAUCUACUCCAGUUGAAGAAAUUGAAUCUGUGUUUAAGAGUGAGGAGUGUCCGAAGGUGGUAUCAUGUGAAUUUGUCCACAAUUCUUCUUGGUACGUUACAUUUGAAUCUGAUGAAGAUGCACAAAAAGCGUACUGGUAUCUCCGUGGAGUAGUUAAAACAUUCAAGGGCAAUCCAAUACUAGCAAGAAUAAAAACUAAGCCAAUGUCAAGACUUGGAUGCCUAUCAGUAUUGCCAUCAUAUGGUAAUAAAGGUGAGGGGAAAGAAGGUUCUGCUCCACCUGCUACCCCAGGAUCAGCAGGUCUUCCAGGUGGACCUGGGACACCAGCUGCUCCAAGCAAUUACACUAAUCCAGGGAACCAAAGGUUUAUGUACUCCACACCAUCUUCUGUUAAUGCUAGCUCCUACACGUAUUCCUACAGUGCGCCCACCACGCAGCUACCAACUGCUUUUUUUUAUCCCAACAUGAUGCAGUGGACACCAGGGGGAUACUACGACAUCAAUAGCUUUUUGCAGUUUAAUGGCCUGUCACCACAAGCUGCAUUUAAGCCUCCCACCAACCACAAUAUUAGAUAUCCAAGUAGUAGAAGAAACUCCAAACAUCGAGAUGGUCGCUAUGACAAAGGUGACAUUCGACACAGUAGUGGGGCUGGUCUGGGUAAUAGUGGAAGUAGCAAUCAUAGUAUUCAUCCUGGUCAUUAUCACCCCAACUUACGACCUCAUCCUAGUAACCCUAGACCUCAUGCCGCACCAUCCCCGUCUCAGGCAUUACAGAGAGUUGGUCAACCUCCACCCACAAACACUGGUACUCAUACUCCCCCACCACCCCCUCCACCACCCCCACCACCACCACAACCACCACAACCCCAACAACCCCAACCAUCGACGUCUAUAUCGGCUGCUGCUGGUGGAAAUAAUCAUGACAGCUUUGCUCAUAGUGACUUUUCAAUAGCUAGUCAAACAAAUCUAUAUACAUCUUUCAGUCCACCCAUGCCAACUCAACCUGUGAUCCAUACAGAAAAGAAAGAAGUGGUGACUGUCUCUAAGGCAUCUAGUAACAGUAGUACUCUUCCAGUAUCAUCGCAGUCCUUAGGGCAGACAUCCACUAGCAUUUCUAGCCCCCAAUCCUCCAGUACCUCCAUGCUCAAUUCAUCAACCACCGAAACUAGUUCUGUACCUGCUGCUGCAACCAUGUCUACAACUGUUUCUGCUACAGUAACAACUAGCAGUACCUCCCCUUUAAACCAAAAUCAUCCCCCCCCUUUGCAUCCUCUACCUCCACUCCAUAGACAUCAAUAUAUACCACAGCAGCCCCUAGGACCGCCACCGCCGCCACCACCUCACCGCAACAAUUACGGCAAUGACCAUUACACCACCCCCACAAUAAAGAGAUUAAAAAGAAGUUUGGUUAGUACAUCAACGCAUAGUAAUAAACUUGAUGGGAGACCAGUUCCACGUGAUCAGCGUGGAGCCCGUGAUGAUAGAAGACCUGGUGCUAAUGGAGGGCCACGUGGAGACAGACGGGAUUAUGUUAGGGACCAUCCCAGAGAGUACCAGAGGGACCACCAGAGGGAUGCUGUUCGAAGUGCUGGGGGUAGAGAACGUGACCACAGACUUUUAAGAGAUGGCAACCCUCGGACUGGAAAGGAAAAUAGACCUCUUCCCUCAAGACCGUGGAAGGAAGAGAAAGUGGAUGCUGAUGGUUGGAUUACUAAAGGUCCCAAAGAGUCGCGUUGUCAACGAGAAAUGAACAGAGAUCAGUGGGAAAGGCCUGAGGCACGUGAUACUAGGACACACCAUCUGGUUAAUGGGGACUCCUCUCCCCCUUCUUCACCUAAACCACAAAAGACAGAUACCAAAACAAGUAGUGGGGAGUGCUGUAUAGAAGAAACCAAAGCAACAUCGUCUCAGCCUUCAAAUAACAACGAUGGGGAGCACAAAACCAGCUGGGCAAAGAUGGCCUUGGCAUCAAAGGAUCAAAUGGAGAGGCUUGCAGCCGAAUUGAAAGAGAAGGAAGAGCAGGAAAAGAUAAAAAAACAAAGGCUUGGCACAAGGUUACAAACCAAGCCACAAGAGAAAGUUUUGCUACCCCGUGAGCGAGACUGCAAGCCCAUGAGAAGGGAUGGACCCCCACGGGAAAAUCGUUUGCCUUCGUCAUUCAGGCCACGGGAUUCUGCCAGACCUAAGUCACCAAAGUGAAGUCUGAGACUGGAAGUGACAUAUUGACAGAGGCUGCCCACCAGGCUAAGGGGACUAGACUACAGUCAGGGACUAUAAGACAUAAUAUGAACACCCUGGCUAGUUCUGCCUUGUCCUAUACACAUACCAACAUACUACAAAUUGGGUGUAACUGCAUGUUGGUGGUGUUCUCUGGCAGCUACUGAGUGGUACACUAGUUUGAUACGUCCCCAGCCUGGUGCUCCCACACCCCACUAGUUGCCCAGUUCUGCUGCUGCAGUGCAUGUGGCUGCAUCAUCCUUCUCCAGUGCCUACGCUGUCUGCCAUUUUGUGUACAUAUUGACGACAUGACCAUGCUGUUUACCGUAUGCAAUUUGCCCAACUGGAGAGUGUGUGACCGGUGCCAAAUGUGGGGCAUCCUGCUUACCUGUACAGUUGAGAGUUUAUUUUUGACUAUGAUAGCCUUGUACAUUAUUGAAAAUGUGAAAAAGUCACACCCUAGAAACUAUGUGGCUGAUUCACUUAUUGUGUAUAUGCGAGUGCUUGUCUAUCUUGUCUGAAUCAAAAAAAAAAAAAAAACUAUUUACAAAGAUGUGAGCAGUACUCUCAUUGGACAUA